GACUUUGAAUUUCAACGGUUACGGGGAAGGAUGGCCGAAUUUCCGACGGUGGAAUGGUGAAGAAAUAUUGACGAACCUCUAUUUCGUCGAUUGACGGAAUACUUCUGUACGUCUCUCUCUCUCUCUCUCUCUCUCUCUCUCUGUGGACAUGACCGAGAGGAGAGGUAACAAACGAACUUAUAUUCAAAUCUCUUCAUCUUCUUCUGGAGAUGAUGAAGAAGAGGAAGAAGACCGAAGCGAAUCACAAUCAGAAUCAGAAUCAGAAGAAUAUGAUGGCAGCGACGAUGACGAAUGUGUCGAGAUCAGGGCUUCUUCUACUCCCUGUGACGACGAAGAAAGUGGAAGUGAUGACGAGGAUGAUGAAUCCGACGACGACAAGGACGAGAAUGAUGAAUCCGACGAGGAAUCUCGCUGCAAUAGCGUCAUCCGCCUCCUCCGAGAAAGGAGUGGUUUGCAAGAAUUAAAUCUUAAAGAUUGCAGAGCUUACUUACGGAAGCAUGGACUGAGAAUAACAGGGACCAAGGUAGAAUGUAUACAGAGAAUCAUGGAGCACUGGAGAAUAAAAGAUGGAAAUGCUGAAGCACUAUUUCCGAGAUCAUCCUUUACCAUCAACUGUACUGGUGAUGUCUGCAAAGGAGAUACUGUUUUGUUCACGCAGAAAGUAUACAAGAAGUUUGACAAAGUGACGAGGAGUGGAACUUCUAUUGGGAAGAGAACUGUUGCUGGGAGGGUUGUUAAGGAAAGCUACGGUGCUGCCAAACAACAACAUACAUUCACGGUUGAAGUACUGUGGAGCAAAGGGAUGAAGAAAUUGCCUCCACUUUUUCCUUUGCUUGUGAAAGGUCGUAACCUCUACAAGUUGAAGACUUUCCGGCAGCGUUGGAAGAAUGAAACAGAAAGACAUAAAGUUCUAGCCGAGAAGCACAAGAGAGGUGCAGCUGCAAGACUUGUGAGAGCAAAGAUGAAGACAAAGAAGGCAUGCUCUAAAAACGGUGUUAAGCGUCAGAAACGUUAUCAUCCAGAAGGAAAGAGCGCUGGACUGGAGAAAGGGAAGCACGCUAAAGGAUGUGACAAGGCCCCAAUGGAGCACGCAAAAUCCAGUACUCAUCGUCAGAAGGCCCCAGCAGUUGCAAGAGCAAACCUGGAAAAUUCCUUUUCAAGCGCGUCUAAACCUUCUAGGAAUCGUCCAAACCCUCCCCAUCCCAAUCAAUAUCGAGACUUAACAACCCGUACUUGCACUUUUCCUCCUCAAAAUUUUCACCAAUCUCAAAUGCCGUAUCACCACCACCAGAGUUCUCUCCAGUUUCCACCAACGGGCUCUACUUCAUCUAGAAUGGGGUUCCCUCAUUUCAGGCCUUAUGUCGAUUCGUCUGUCAUGCCAUUAUCACAACAUCAAGGUUCAAAUCACGGCUUUUAUCCCUACCAUGUUUAUUCACAUCCUAGCUGGGUGUUCGAACCCAGUAAUUUAAACCCAUCUCCAGAAUUGAUGAACAUUUAUGGACUGUCAAAAACAUAUGGACAAAGGAGGUAAGGAUUUUAGAGCUUUUUGGAAUAGGUGUUCAAAGGAGAUCAAAGGAGAUAAGGAUUUCAAACCAGGAAAAGCCAGCGUAUCGGUUGGCUUCACCAGUUGCUGGAUUUGGUUUGUUAACAUGCAAAAUAUUUUGGGUAUCUUUUCUGGGGGAACUAUUUUCUCCUUUUGUCCGUUAUUAUACCAACAGCUUAGUGUAUAAGAGCAUCUCAAUCAGUUUUUAGAGCCAAUAUUAUGGUCAAAUUUUUUGCUCCCCACGUAAA